AUGUCGGCGUACGGCUUCUCACAUCUCGAUGGCGCAUCGGCCUACUCGUUCAACCCCAACGACGACACCACAUCCGUGCACUCGUCCGCGCUGACCGAGCAUACAGCUCAGUCUCAGUCUCAGUCUCAGGCUCAGGCUCAGCAGCGGCAGCACCCGUCAGCAAGUAGCGAAGCCGUCGCUUCGGGUGCAAACACCGCGCGAAACCAUGGUCACCAUCACCCAGGACCGAACGGACAUGACCAGCCACUCGAGCUGGACUUCCACAAUCUCACACUCGAUGACUUGAACGGGGCUGCGACGGGAGAAGCGAGCUCGUCCGGCGGCGACACGAACGACCUCGACCCCAACGCGGUUGCGAACUUGUACGACGAUGACUUUGCCGGUAUGCUGGACGAUCUCAACAGGGAACUGGCCCCCCAUGCAUGCUCGUGAGUAGUGGCCGUCUGGACCAGAGCCAACUUCUUGACUUGGAGCUGACCGCGAACGGCGAACGGCGAACGGCGAACGGCGAACGGCGAAUGGCGAAUGAACGUACGAAUGUCCGAAUCCAUCCAUAGUUACUGCGGCAUCCACAACCCAGCCUGCGUCGUCAAGUGCCUCAUUUGCAACAAGUGGUUCUGCAACUCGCGCGGAUCGACGUCCGGGUCCCACAUCGUCAACCACCUCGUGCGCGCCAAGCACAGGGAGGUCACCCUCCACGCCGAAUCUCCUCUAGGAGAGACCACCCCUGAAUGCUAUGCGUGCGGUGCCAAGAACGUGUUCAUUCUCGGAUUCAUCCCCGCCAAGAGCGACACCGUCGUCGUCUUGCUCUGUCGGUACGUGGCCCCGCUCUGAGUUGGUUGCACUCCAGUUCUCCAGUUCGGCGACGGCGAACCUCCUUUCUUUUCCCUGACCGACGUGUAUUCCUGCCUUCAGCCAACCCUGUGCAGCGAUGCAGUCCUCAAAGAAUAUCGUCUGGGACACGACGCAAUGGUCACCCCUGAUCGAGGAUCGCUCGUUCCUCUCGUGGCUCGUCAAGAUCCCGUCCGAGCAGGAACAGCUCCGAGCGAGGCAGAUCACCUUCCACCAGAUCAACAAGCUCGAAGAGCUGUGGAGGGACAACGCCGAAGCGACGCUGGAAGAUUUGGAGAAGCCGGGGGUUGAUGAUGAGCCACAACCGAUAUUGCUCAAGUAGGGCGCACUGUGACUGGAGUUUUCACGUUCCUGCUCCAAGCUGAUCCAUCAACUCGAACCACCCAUCAGAUACGAGGACGCGUAUUUGUACCAGAACAUCUUUGGUCCGCUCGUCAAAAUCGAAGCCGACUACGACAAGCGACUCAAGGAAUCGCAAACGCAGGAAGGGCUCGUCGUGCGCUGGGACAUGGGUCUCAACCAGAAGCGCAUCGCCUGGUUCAACCUCCCCAAACUCGAAUCGGGUGAGGUGCGCUUGGCCGUCGGCGACGAGUUGAGGUUGAGGUACCAUGGCGAGUUGCACAAGGCGUGGGAAGGGGUCGGUCAUGUCAUCAAGGUGCCCAAUAGUGAGUUACAAGCCUCUGUAAGCCUUGAUGUAGGAUCCGGAGGCUGACCCAGUCUCUGCAGACGUCUCUGACGAGAUCGCUCUCGAGCUGAGGCGCAACGACGGCGUACCAAUCGAUUGCACCCACAACUUUUCCGCCGACUUUAUUUGGAAGUCGACUUCAUUCGACCGCAUGCAGCUUGCGAUGAAGACCUUUGCCGUCGACGAGCAGUCCGUCAGUGGAUACAUCUACCACAAGUUGAUGGGUCACGAGGCGGCACCACCUCAGGUAUUGAGGGCGCAGAUGCCCAAAAGGUGAAGCGAAGCAAUCAAUCGAAGCUGAAGAGCUGUUCCUGCAGCUGAUCUGACGAUGCCUCACCACCACUUAGGGUUUCCGCUCCGACUUUGCCUGACCUCAACCACUCGCAAAUUUUCGCCGUCAAGAGUGUGCUGCAAAAGCCGCUCAGUUUGAUUCAAGUAAGUUCGCUUUGGAUGCAUCAGAAAUUAGGUUGCCUGCUGAUCCUUGUGCACAUUCUCCUCUCAGGGUCCUCCUGGAACCGGAAAGACCGUGACGUCGGCUUCGAUCGUCUACCACCUCGCCAAGAUGAACCCCGGCCAAGUGCUCGUCUGUGCCCCGUCAAACGUCGCCGUCGAUCAACUGACGGAGAAGAUCCACCAGACCGGCCUCAAGGUCGUUCGAGUGACGGCCAAAUCUCGAGAGGCGCUCGAGUCGUCCGUGUCCUUCUUGACGCUGCACGCCCAGGUUGCCAACUCAGACACUCACGUCGAACUGCAAAAGCUCAUCCAAUUGAAGGAGAGUCAAGGCGAGUUGAGCUCGAGCGAUGAACGCAAGUUUAAAGCUUUGACGAGGGCGUGCGAGAAGGAGAUUCUGGGGAGUGCGGAUGUCAUUUGCUGUACCUGCGUGGGUUGUGGUGAUCCGAGGUUGGCCAAGUUCAAGUUUAGGACCGUCCUGAUCGAUGAGGCUACUCAAGCUGUAAGUUCACCGACAUCAGAGCGUGGUUUUCGAUGUGCGCUGACCGAUUGAUCCGCAUCACUCAGACCGAGCCGGAGUGCAUGAUUCCCCUGACGUUCGGCGUCAAGCAACUCGUCAUGGUCGGCGAUCAUUCGCAGCUCGGUCCGACGAUCAUGAACAAGAAGGCUGCUCGUGCUGGCCUAGCCCAAUCAUUAUUCGAACGCCUCGUCCUCCUCGGCAACCGACCAAUCCGUCUUCAAGUCCAGUACCGCAUGCAUCCUUGCCUGUCCGAGUUCCCUUCCAACAUGUUCUACGAGGGUACUCUGCAGAACGGUGUGACUGCGCCGGAACGGUUGCGCAAGAACGUCGAUUUCCCGUGGCCUCAACCAUCGACGCCGAUGUACUUCCACCAGAAUCUUGGGCAGGAGGAGAUCUCGUCGAGUGGAACGUCCUUCCUCAAUCGGUAGGUUCAUUCUAGGAUCUGCGAGGGGCAGCACCCCACGCACUGGAUGCUGACACUCGGGCUUUUCACCCAUCCGCACAGCACGGAGGCCUCGAACGUCGAAAAGAUCGUCACGCGUUUCUUCAAAUCGGGCGUUCUUCCUUCCCAAAUCGGCGUCAUCACCCCUUACGAAGGCCAACGAUCCUACGUCGUCUCGUACAUGCAGUUCAACGGCUCGCUCAAGAAGGAGUUGUACAAGGACGUCGAAGUCGCUUCUGUCGAUGCGUUCCAAGGGCGAGAGAAGGAUUACAUCAUCGUUUCGUGCGUGCGAAGUAACGAACAUCAGGGUAUUGGGUUCUUGGAUGAUCCGAGGCGUCUCAACGUCGCUUUGACGCGAGCCAAGUAUGGGUGUGUCAUUUUGGGGAACCCCAAGGUGUUGAGCAAGGUGAGACUUGGAUGGUCUCCACUAUGGCCGCGCUGCUCGUAGGCUGACCCCGAAAGCCUCUUCCCUACGCAGCACGCUCUGUGGCACUAUCUGUUGACGCACUACAAGGAGAAAGGCUGCCUCGUCGAAGGACCGCUGAACAACCUCCAACCGAGCAUGAUCCAAUUCUCCAAGCCUCGUCGACCCUACAAAGCAAGCGAGAACUCGAAGCGCUUCGAACACAGCGCAAGGGACAUGCUCAACGGUGAUCGUAAUGGUCUCGGCGUCCCUUCUCGGUUCGACUCGUCCUUCUUCCGUACUCACGACGCCUUGAGUUCGAUCCCUUCGGAUGCGCAAUCCGUUCGUUCGCAAGCGACCUAUUCUUCAGGUAUGCCGACGUUCUCACAAGCCGGUUCGGCCUACCCCGGUUCGAUCAAACGCGGUGCAUCAUCCUACGCCUCGUCGACGCUUUCGCAAGACUUGCAUUCGCACGCCUCGGACACGGCCUCCGUUCGCGACGACGUCUCCUCCAUCAACGGAGGCACCGCAGGAAGUCUGGCCUUUUCGCAAGCCGAUCGCUUGAGGAGGGAUGAGGAGUUUGAGGCGUCGAGCGCGUACAAGAGUUUGGGGGAGAGGGCUUGGAGCUCACAUGGAGAUGAUGAUGAUGCGAGUUCGCAGUAUACCGUGUCCGCCGCGGGAACGACGGAGUACUAA